AGAGUCGUGAGUGAGUGAGUCUUUUAUGGCGCGCGCCCUCUGGCGAGGCAGCUGAGGGGAGGCACGGUGUUUCGGCGCGACCAGAAAGCCGCCCAAACGAGGAAGCCAUCAAGCCUUACGAGGGCUACCGCUACUAGCGUGGUAGCCUAGUUUGCAAGCGCCACCGAUUCUGUCUGGCAUCUCCAGUGAUUCAGAUACGGGUGCUGUGGGAUCAGUUGGGUAAAGUGAGUGCACCAUAUCUUUAUACUCUCCCUUUCGUGAAUACGUUCUUCACGUAUAACACCUGUUAUUGGUACUGCUUUUUUGUUCAACUACGCCUCAUGAGCUGUGUCCAAGUAUACUGUGAAGUGAGAAAGCGGAAUUGACAGCGUGUAACCGCCAGAUGACGGGCCUGACUGUCCAGCUGUGCGGAGGACCGCCAUGGGGAUUCCGAUUACACGGCGGUCGUGGCCAAAAUUUACCCCUAACGGUCGCAAAGGUGCGUCGCAAGAGUAAAUCAUUCGGCCAUCUUCUUGAGGGAGACAAAAUUUCCCGAAUCGGGGGACGCAGCGUAGACGGACUGAGCCACGACGAAGCAAUGGCGCUAGUCGACUCGCAUCAGGACAAACUUGACAUUGAAAUCAUACGGCGUCGUGAUUCUAUUUCCGGUAGUGCCGGCGAUUCCUGCGAAGUUCCUUCUGUUUCAUUAUCCACCAAAACAUCAGCCAUGCCGAUUGUCGCCAAUCCCGAUGAAACCGGAUCCACACAUACACCGGUUGGUGGCAAAGAUCUUACUGGGGCCCAAGUUCUGGAAAGUGAAUUGGGUUCGUCAGUGGGUAGUAAAUGUGAUUCGAUGCAGCCGACCUCACAAAUUACCGGAAACAGCUCACAGACACUUGACGCAUCGCAUUUAACUAGCCCCGGUGAAUCAACGAGAUUCGCAGAUCGUCCCCAUCUUAUUGACGCAAACACGGGCCACGAAAACGAAACAAGAACCCACGCGAGUGAAACGCAAAAUAGAGAAACGACCACCAAUUCAUCAACCACUGUCAACAUUUCCGGAGCUAAAUUCGAUCUCGGCUCGGGUUUUACUGUGCCGGCAUCAAUUGGUUCCGGUAGCAAGUUCCCUGCAGGAUCCAGCUUGGCUAAUCCAUUUGCUGGCGUUGAGCAAAUCCUAGAAAGUGAAAGCAAAUCGUCUAAGGAGCAGAUACCCGGAGGGGAGCUAAAUCGCCUUGAAACGCGCGAGACAAAAAUUACCGGAGAUGGGGCUUAUGUACAGAGCCACACGCUUGCCGAACACAAGCAGGUAUCAAGCGCUUCAUCCACGUCGCCUCUUUGUAUUUCGGUAAAGGCCGGAACAGGACCUCUUAACGAUGAUACACUCCUAAUCAGUCCAACUGGUCGGCCUAUAAAGGAAAGAUAUUACAAGCCAUUACCGGACGAACAGCUCAAAGAAAUUGACGACAUCAUGGCUCCUAUUCUGAACAAAAAGAAAGUGUUUACCUCCUCGUCGUUCUAUGAAGAUGCCAAUUCAACCUACCCGACCGUUGAGGAACAGGUUGGGAUGGCGCGUAAAAUUGCCGAAAGCCUUUCAAGUGAUUCCAACGCUCAGUCAAAAGGAGCAAACAUGUUCUUCCGUCGAGUGAAACGAAGUCACAAAUGGGUUCAUCAAGCUCCGGGAAUUUCUGAGUCAGAAUACACCGAAACUGAGGAUUGUUCGACUGUCCCAGAUCCCGACAAAUUUCCAGGUGUUAAAAUUUCUAAGGAGCCUCCGAAAUUGAAACUUCUCAUGGCUCCCAGCGUAUCCAAAUGGGAAGAAUCGACGGCUGCACAGGAUAUAACUGUGAGUCCUGAAGUUUGUCUAGAUAUUGUCAAGGGAUUAAAUUCGCCCAGUGGCAAAGGCUCGCAGAUGUUUGCCAAACGCAAGAAAAAGUCUGAAGAUUGGGUUGUCGACGUAGAUAAGUUGAAAGCACAGCUUGGUGAUAGGUGGCCUGAAAAAGACCGACCUGAAGAUGAUGCCUCAGUCGAGCCCCCUCCACCUCUGCGACCACCGAUUCAGGCGCCUAGAAUCAAAGAAAUAUCCUCUCCGGCCGAUCGGUACCUUAACCAGAUCGGCCAGCAGGCCACCCAGUCUCGUUUACGAUUGGUAAAAAGUCCUUGGGAAGCUGCAAUGGAGAGUCCAACUGGUGCCGUUGAUUCUGCCUUCCAAACCGUGCACGAGCUCGGCUCAGAAGUACCGUGGGACAAUCAAUCGGUCCGCAUCCCGUUGGCGCCUCUGUCGUUUCCAUCGGGCCCAGAAGUGAGCAUAGCAUCGUUCGAUACAUUACCGGCGCGUUCUCCUCGCGGCUGGGGUCAAGGAGCAAGCACAGCUACGCAAAAUGUUUGCGUCACCGUCAAUAAGAAGAAGCCACCUCCCCCCCCACCCAAACCAAGUAAGAUUCGCCCAGCUCAAUGUAAAGCCACUGCUACAGCUGCAUCCGUGUCGCCGAUAACUAUUGGCUCCCCAUGCGUGGCACCCCUCCAAAGUCAACCAGGAGAUGUUCAGCUCGACAUUGAAGUGGGACCACCGGCUCAAUUUUUCAAUUCAUACAACGAGUUCAUCCAGGCACCCCCAGCUAGUCAUUCAUAUUAUCCGCUCCGCAGUAGCAGUGCGUCUAGCUCGGUACCGAGCUAUGCUCCCGCUUCUACACCGUUCACUGUCCAUGACCGCCAGAACUUCAAUACGGCACCUCGGGGCUUCGGAUUUGGCGUCUCGAAGAAUCCCUCAAAUUUUCGAUCGGUGCACCUCUAAUAGUUGUUAUCGGCUUAUGCAUCUCAGCCCCGGUAUGCUAUUAUGUUGAAGCGACUUUCAAAGUCCAAACAACUACGACAAGCACAAUAUACGCCGACGGCAUGUGUGCGUACCUGUUGAAAGUCUGCCCGGAUCACGCCUUGGUAUGGAAUCACAAAAGGCCGAUAAAUAAGACGAAAAAUUACUUAAGGGAAAAUAACAAAAAAUUAGGCUACUACGUAUAGCAGCAACAGUGUUUUUUUUUGUUUCGAUCACAGUCUCAUGCAGUGAUACGCUUGACUACCCGCUUGUAUCAGUGUGCUGAUCCCUAGCAGAUACAAUCUAGCAUUUAUUUUGCCACAAGUGCUUUCGGGCAUUACCCAAUCGAAUGGUGCCUUAUUGAUAGAAAUACUAACGAGAAUUAGAUUAUAAAAUGCACAACUGUUUUAUUUAUUAGCACCCGCCAAGUACAACUAUUUGCAGCUUUUACGAUAUGUACCGCAAUGGCGCGAUUUUCGAAAAUAAUAAACGACAUUGUUUUUACAAAAUUAAA